UGUCCAAUAGGUGGCGGUAUGUACCUGAUUGUUAACGGAAAAGGAAAAGAAGAAGCGAUUUCUGUAAACAAACAUAUAUUACGGAUUAUAGCUAAACUAAGCCUACAAAGUACGGCUUUCUGGUGUUAUGUGUAAAAUGGACAAGUCAGCUGAUAGUGCGAUUCUAUGACAUAUGCAGACCGAGCAUCUCGCUCGAGGUUUUUACGACUAGUCAAACCUUCAUCUACAUCGUCUUUAAAAGUCGUUGGUAUCGCUCUGGAUGCAGAAACAUGCUGCUGUUCCGUGUGUUAGUGCUGUUGAUUCUUCAUAUGAACGCGCACUGCAUGUCUCUGAACUGGACAUCACGUGACAGACCAAACCUAGUCAUGCUCAUGUCUGAUGCCUUCGAUGGCAGGUUAACUUUUUCUCCAGGCAAUAAAGUUGUACAGCUGCCUUACAUCAAUUAUAUGAGGGGAAUGGGUGCUGUUUUUCUUAACUUGUACACUAAUUCACCAAUCUGCUGUCCUUCUAGGGCAGCUAUGUGGAGUGGUCAGUUUAUUCAUUUGACUCAGGCCUGGAACAACUAUAAAUGUCUUGAGCCCAAUGCCACCACAUGGAUGGACCGCUUAGGAAAGAGUGGGUACCACACUCAUAGCAUGGGGAAACUAGACUACACGUCAGGACAUCACUCUGUCAGUAAUCGUGUGGAGGCGUGGACCAGAGACGUUCCAUUCCUGCUGAGACAAGAGGGCCGUCCGGUCACAGAUCUGGUGGGCGAUGCAUCCACAAAGAGGGUGAUGACUAAAGACUGGAACGUCACUGAUGCUGCGGUCCAGUGGAUCCAACACACGGCUGUGUCUCUCGCCCAGCCAUUUGCACUAUAUGUGGGGCUGAAUCUCCCUCACCCGUACCGCACAGACUCCCUGGGACCCACAGCCGGGGGUUCCACCUUCCGCACUUCCCCGUAUUGGCUAAACAAGGUUUCUUAUGAUCAAGUGUCUGUUCCAAAGUGGUUGCAGGUUGAAGACAUGCACCCUGUGGAUUACUACUCCACUUUCACCAAAAAUUGCAGUGGCCACUUCACAAAAGAAGAGAUCAGAAACAUUAGAGCCUUUUACUAUGCCAUGUGUGCUGAAACUGACAGCAUGCUGGGUGAGGUGAUGGCUGCUCUCAGAGACACUGGCUUACUGAACAGGACAGUCGUACUGUUCACUUCGGAUCAUGGGGAUCUAGCCAUGGAACACAGGCAGUUCUAUAAGAUGUCCAUGUUCGAGGGCAGCUCUCAUGUCCCUCUGCUUAUAAUGGGCCCAGGAGUGAAGUCUGGCUUUGAAAUCAGUCUACCUGCAUCACUAGUGGACAUUUAUCCCACUGUGCUUGAUCUUGCUGGUGUUCCACAGCCAGGGGGUCUCAGUGGUCACUCACUGAUCCCUAUGAUUUCUGGGGUCAGCGUUCAGUCAGCAGAGCCUCAUCCCGGCUGGGUGCUCAGUGAAUAUCAUGGUUGCAAUGCGAACGCCUCCACAUAUAUGCUGAGGAUCGCCGAGUGGAAGUACAUCACAUAUGCAGAUGGAUUGACCAUUCCCCCACAACUCUUUAACUUGUCCAAAGAUGAAUCAGAAUUGAAAAAUGUUGCAUCACAUUUCCCUGAUGUAUGUCAGGACUUGGACAAGCUGUUACGCACAAUUGUGGACUACCCCAGUGUCUCCCAAGCUGUUCACAGCUACAAUAAGCAACAGUUUCUGGAAUGGAAGCAAAGCCUAGGAGACAGUUACUCCCAGGUCAUAGCCAACCUGCGAUGGCAUAUUGACUGGCAAAAGGAUGCCAAGUCCUAUGAGAGAGAUAUUGAGGAGUGGCUAUUAGGGUUGGAUUGACCAUCAGAUUUGUAACUGUCAAUGAUCAGCACAAGCAAGACAUGAUUCAUGUUCCUGUUUAAAACAAAAGAACAAUGUAAUCUGUAUAAGUCGAGGCUUGCCACCCAAUGUACCUGAAACAUAGUUUGCCCCAUAAAGAGCUUACUAUAAUUAUUACAGAUGCACUCUAGUUGUAAAAUAACUUAAAAUAUAUUAUUUUUAUUUGGAUUUAAUAAUUUAAAUAAUGGCC